UAAUAGUAGAAGAUUGUUAAUGAAAAAUCAAUUACAUUUAAAUUUAAAUGUAACGGAAACACUGAGCGUUGAUAAUGAUGAUAAUGAAAGAGACUUAAUGAAAGCAGCAGCAGCAACAGCUGUAGUAUCUAAGUUUAAAAGGGAUGGUGUUAAUGUAGAAACCGUCACAACAGUGCCUCAACAACAACAACAACAACAACAACAGCAACAACUACUACUACAACCAUAUGAACAUAAACAACAACUAUUAGCAGAAAAAGAACAACUUAGAAAAGUAUACAGUAAAGCGGAAGCAACAAGAGGAGGAGAGGUGAGAACCGCAGCAGGCGCAACACGAGUAGCAACAUCGUUAUCAUCAUCACCGUCAUUGUUGAAUUCAUCAUCAACGGCAUUAGCUAAAUUUAACCGAAUCAUCGAUAAUACAAUGCCGGCAACCAACUAUUAUCAGCAUCACUUGCCACAAGAGCAAAUGUCCGAGAGCAUGAAACAUGCACCCGGCAUCGGUACUGCGUCACCUGCAGUGCUGAGUGACGCAUUACAGCAGCGAUUAGCGCUCGUAUAUCCCGACAUUGUCUCGACCGAUUCGCAACCGAAAAAAAUUAAUUUCACAACAGCAACAGCAGUAGCAGCGGCGGCAGCAGCAGCAGCAGCAGGAACAACAUCAACUACAACCGCACAAGCAGCGAAACCGAAAGCUAAAGUGAAAGGAAAAUCUGCUGCAACCCAUGACCGUUUACGCGUGACGCGUGCGGGAAUGUCAGCGGAAGAGGAAGCGGCAAACUUGAAGGCCGCAGCUGCUGUGACAGCACCAUCAGACGACGAUAAUCAAAUGAAACGAAAUGAUGUGCAUUAUUUGUUGAAACAAUUAAAUAGUUUUAGUGAUAUAGAAGAAAUAGAAAUUGUUGAUAUGGAGCAAAGGCAGCGGCAGCUGGAUGAGCAACAGCAGCUGGCACAGCAACAACAACAAAUAGCCCAACAGCAACAAUAUAUGGGCCAUGGCGUGGACAAAUCACACUCACCGACAGCGCAAUCGCUUGUGAUAAUCUCGCCAUCGUCGCUAUCGCACAAAGGCAUACGACGUUACGCCUCAUUGCACCAACAACAGUGCACACAAUACACGCUCGACAGCGACGAGGCGAUCGAUACCGUCGAGCAGCAACAAUAUUUGUUGCAACAAUUCGACGACUACCUUUUUCAGUCCUGCCACUAUUUGGAGACAAAUUAUUUUGCCGCCAAUUAUCGCACUGCCAUGGUCGAGAGCAGCUCGCACGAGUUCCGACCAUCGACGACGACGACGACAGGCACAUCGGCAGCGUCUGUCUCAUCGGAGCAAUCGCUUGAGCUGCACGAGACCGAGCCGCCGAGCGUUAUAUGCAAGGCACCACCACCAGUGCCUGCGUCACCGCCUACAACUAUAGCAGUGGCUGCAACUAAAACAACACCUUUGACUGAUAACGGCGCUGCUGCUAGUACAUCUGUAACGCCCAAACGUUAUGGCAUGCAGGCGCGCUUGACCAGCAGUGGUGUACAAACGGAACUCACCGCCACUUCCCUAACAGAGGCGUCGUUGGCCAAGAGCACAAGCAGCUCGGCCAGUUCCGAAGAGCAACGUCGUCGUGCGCCAUUUUUCAAAUGUUGUUACACACCCAUAGAUCGUUGGCGUGAGAAGCGUAGCGCAGCACACACGGCUGCGGCUGCACAGAAGCGUGGUAGCCGACAAUUAGCGCAAACAAGCAACGUUUCCACUGCAUUGGGUAGUGGCGGACGUGGUAGUGACACUGCCAGUGCCAGAGCCAGUGAGACCGUUGUUGUCGUACAACAACGUGCGCGCAAAAAUGGUCAUGCAGUCUGACAAAUCGAGUGCGCGAUGGAGUGUGUAGGCGGUAACGUCAGGUUGAUUAGCAAACAAUGCAAAUAUGUAGUCGAUCAGCGCCGGUGUCUAUUUGCGAUAUCAACAAUUUUUUCUAUUUCAAAUAGGAACUUGGGAUAUUCAAGAUUAUACCAUUGUAUGUAUAUUCAUCGAAAUAUCUUAAGUGGAUUAUUUGUUUAAAAGCGCAAACUUAGAUGUUAAACGAGAAGAUGGAAGAUAAAUAACAGGUGUUAUUUAUCGCCUGGAGUGAGUGUUAUUGCGUAGCAAGCAGAUAAAUUCAAGAUAUGAAUUGAUGACGUAGCAAAAAAUAUAAAAGUAAAAUAGAUAUCUUAAAAAGUGUUCUAAAUGUUGAAGCUUUUUGAAAAAGCCUUUUAGUUAUUAUAUGCAUGCAAGCAGAAUGUGAAAGAGUGCAAUGCCGGUGCUCACACUGGCAUAUUUUGAAUUAGAAAACUGCACACGCUAACCUCAAGGGUAACAAACAGCUGGAAAUACACUGCGCUAAAUAAUAUAUUUAAUGCAUUUUAACGUUUUCUGACAAAAAAAAAAUAUUUUACAUUUAACAUUCCGGAAAUUUAUUAAUUUUUUGACUACUUCUUUUAAGCUGAUAUAUGAUUUAAAUUGAAAUUUAAUUUAUUGGAAGUUUCAUGCGAAAAAAGCGUGUGAACAUUUUUAACUUAAAACAAAAAUAAAUUUCGAUAUGUUGUUUUUGUUCUCUAUCACGAAUUUUUUCACUUGAAAUUCUCAAUACAGCCGAUUAAUUUUGAAUUACGCUAUAUUUUGGUGUUUUUUUUGUUUUAAAAAAUGAGUUGAGCUCAAAUUUUAGCAAAUAAUUAUUAAAAAUAAUUUUAAUAUCAUAAAUAAAGCAAUUUCAGUGAAAAUUAAUCACUUAUAUUUAAUUAAAACUAUGAUUGAAACUUCCCCUCUUUGGCCCUUCUUAUUUAUAAUAAUCGUAUGCCCCAUAUACGGGUCAGUGUAUACCAAUAGCUUUUGUUUUUGUUCUUAUUCUGAAUAGUAGCCAUUAAUUAAUCACUUGUAAGAACACCGAUUGUCAUUACAAUGCCUACACACACACACAGCGAUUUAAGUGACUGCUAUACACUGAACGAAUACCGCACAUAAAUAACAUACACAUAUACAAAUUUAGUUUGCGAGCUUCAAAAAAAUUGCAUACGAGAAGCGAAAGGAAAACUAAAUAUACUAAAAUAACGAAAUGAAGGCAUGAUAACGUAAAUAAGUAUAAAUAAUAGCUUAAUUUAUAUUUAAUAUUAUAUAAAUUAAAUAACAAAUGCCGUCGGUAGGUAAAAAAUGCAAAAGAAGAAAAUACAGCAGCAGCAGCAGCAGCACAUAGCAUAUUACACGAAUGUUUACGAAAAAAUACUUUACAGAAUUAAUAUAAUAAAAACGCGAGCGUUUAGUCUUAAUAUAAUUAAAUAUAAUACAGCAAAUACUAAGUAUAAGUAACUUUUUCUAAAACACAAAAGAAGUAAAACCAAAAUAUUAGAAUCGCAAAUUAAAAUACGAUGCAAAAAAUAAAAAAUAAAAAUAAAUGAAAUACAUUGUUAAUGCAUUAAUCGCUAGAAAAAUAGAAGCUACAUAAAAGUGAAGAAAAAAAAAAUAAAAAAUAAAAAUAAAAACUUACAAAAACAAUACCAUAUGAAACGCAUAUUAAUUAUGUAAGCUAUGAACUAUAAUAAGCGCAUCAAAUACCAGUAAAUGAUUUAAUUAGAGAGCUUGUAUAGUAAAUGAGAAAGAUCGAAAAACAAAAAAAAAAAGUGAAAUAAAAUAAAGUAAAUAAAUAAUACAGCAACUAAAUAUAUUGAAAAAUAACGAUCUAAAAAAAAAACAAAAGCAAAUAAAAACAGCAAAAUGUGUAGAAGUGAAAUUUUAAAGCGCUAAUUUUUUAAUUUCCAAAACAUUCUAGCAAUAACUUUUUAGGUAAUGCAUAUAAACUUACAUACCACAUAUGAAAACGCGAGCAAGCUAAAGAAAGAAAAGCAAAGCAAAGCAAAAGUUAAUAAAAAAGUAACACACAAGAUACACCAUGUCAUGUAACAGCGUAUGAAGCGCAUUGUUAUCAUUGAAAGAUUCAUUAAUAUAAAAAAUAAUAAUAAUAUUAAUUAAAAUUUGUCUUAAUUCAGCGAGUAUAAACAAAAAGGAAAAAAGUAAAAAAGAAAAUAUAAUGAUCCAAGUACCAGUUGUUAAGUUUGGGUUUAUGAUUAUUCGAGUUUCGAGAUGUUACGUACGACGCUGUUAAUUUUGUUCGUUGAUUUUUAUAUAAAACAUACCUACAUAUAGUGCAUAUGUACAUGAAAUAAAAUAAAUAUGAAUUUAAAUGCGUACGGUGUGCGAAUAUGAUAUGUAUACAUACAUAUAAACAUACAUACAUAGAUGAAAAUUAUAUUUGAGAAAUUAAUUCAAAGGAAUUGUUAAAGAAAUUUUUUUUUGCUUAUUUUGAUUGCGCCAAAGGAAAAAAAAAUGAAUAAAUAGAUAUGUAUAUCACAAGCAAUUAUUUAUACAAACAAAAUAUUUAUAGUAAUUUUAAAUUAUUAAUUUGAUUGUUUUUUUUCGCUCAAUUCACGUUGUAAAAGAUAAAUUUAGUCGGCGCUAAAUGAUUGAAUUUGCUUACGUAAACGAUGAGGGUACUAUAUAUAUAUAUAUACAAGAGGACAAAAAGCAACUAUGCAUUAACACAAGAAACACUAACAUACAUGAAUAUAUAUCAAAAGCAAACUUGUCAAUUUUGUUAUGAACAUUAUUAUUAUUAUUAUUAUUAUUAUUAUUAUUAUAUGAAAUACUUGUAUUGUAUGUACUACAAUAAAGACCAGAAUUUCUAACGGCGUA